UGCACAUGCACCGCAGUACAGUAGUAAUUACUACUACUCUACGUAUAUAAGGUAGGUACGAAUUGCCUACUCUGGGAGGGACCUAGGUAAAGCAGGUCGACACAUGCGUUACGCAAUAAGGUAGCAUCUCCCCCUCCUACCCUAGCUCCUCCCAUCACCAAAUCGUUUUGCAAGUAUGUAUAAGCUUAAGCUGACCUCAAUCCACCAGGUCAAGUUAAAACAUCCGUAACCAACUCGGCCAAGUCGAUAUAUUAUUCUGCUUCCCCGUCCAAGUUCGCUCGACCCUCGUUCCGUCGGGCACAACCUCCCAAAAGUGCAACACUAAAAACACUUGAAAAAAAAAGGGACAACCGCCCAGGACAAAACAAGAAGAACAGAAAGAGAAAAAGCAGGAAGGAAAGAAAAAAAAAUGUCAACCACAACCGACCCGUCCUCCCAGGCGCCGGCCUUCGUGCCGCUCGAGGCCAACCCGGAGCUCAUGACGAACCUGCUGCACACGCUGGGGCUGUCGCGGUCGCUGGCGGUGCACGACGUGUACUCGCUGACGGAGCCGUCGCUGCUGGCCUUCAUCCCGCGGCCGGCGCACGCGCUGCUGCUCGUGUUCCCCGUCUCGGCCGCGUACGAGUCGCACCGGCUGGCCGAGGACGCGACGGUGGCCCCCGGCGGCGGCGGGUACGACGGGCGCGGCGAGGACGAGCCGGUGGUCUGGUUCCGGCAGACGAUCCGCAACGCGUGCGGGCUCAUCGGCCUGCUGCACGCGGCCGCCAACGGCGAGGCGCGCCGGGCCGUCGAGCCCGGCACGCCGCUCGACCGCCUCCUCGCCGCCGCCGUCCCGCUCGGGCCGGACGAGCGCGCGCGCCUGCUCGAGCGCGACCCCGCCCUCGCGGCCGCCCACCAGAGCGCCGCCGAGCAGGGCGACACCACCGCCCCCGCCGCCACCGACGACGUCGACCUGCACUACGUCUGCUUCGUCAAGGGCCGCGACGGCGCCCUCUGGGAGCUCGACGGCCGGCGCAAGGGCCCCCUGAGGAGGGGCGACCUCGACAGCUCCGAGGACGUGCUCAGCGAGAAGGCCCUUGCCCUCGGCCCGCUCAAGUUCCUCGAGAGGGAGGCCGCCGACCUGAGGUUUAGCUGCGUCGCGCUGGCGAGGAGCUUGGAUUAAGUUUGGGGAGUGGAAACCGGUUCUGCGCAUCAUCGUGAGGUUUGGUUAGGCGAGAUUAGUAUGCCGGGCUCGCCAUGCCCGAGGUGCUGAGUGCAGCCUCUGGGCAUUAACCAAGUAAAGAGACAGAUUUG